CCGCGGGCGGGUACUUCCGGUCUUUGUGGCUUUCUACUGCAGGUCCGCGGCUCGCGCCCUGGUCGCUCCUGGUCAUCGCGGAAAGAAGAGAUUACCCAAAGAAGCUCUGAAGUACAGGACCCAGUUUUAGUGAGCUUCACGCUAAGCUCUUUCAGCCCAGAAUGGCUGUGGAAUCCAGAACAGUUUCAACCCCAGGACCUCAGAAUUCUCAGGAACAAGAGCUGAUACUGGUGAAAGUAGAAGAAAGCCGUUCUUGGGGUCAGAAACUUAAGCAGAAUGGGAGUACCCGAUCCUGCCAAGAAUUGUUUCGUCAGCAGUUCAGAAAGUUCUGCUACCAGGAGACACCGGGGCCCCGGGAGGCGCUGGGCCGACUCCAGGAGCUUUGCUAUCAGUGGCUCAGGCCAGAGUUGCACACGAAGGAGCAGAUCCUGGAGCUGCUGGUGCUGGAGCAGUUCCUGAGUAUCCUGCCGGAGGAGCUGCAGAUCUGGGUUCAGCAGCAUAGUCCAAAGAGCGGCGAGGAAGCCGUGACUCUGUUGGAGGAUCUGGAGAGGGAAUUCGAUGAUCCCGGGCAGCAGGUCCCAGCUGGUCCACAGGGACCAGCAGUGCCUUGGAAGGAUUUAACCUGUCUUGGAGCAGCCCAGGAGUUUACACAUAUUCAACGCCAGCCUUUAAAGAAACAGCUGAAACCGUGGGAACCUUGCCUUUCCCCCAGGAGUGAGUCACACAAGCAAGGACCACAAAGUCCUAAAGAUGAGAGAAGACAACCCAUUCUGGCAAUUGCAGGUUGUGAGAAUAAUGAAUCGGCAACAAAGAAGGACAUUUCAGGAGAGAAACCACAGACACUCUCCCAGGAGCCUUCAUUUGGAGGAUUCAGUGAACACAAAAGCCGUUUAGAGUGGCAGCAAGGGAGUGCUCCAGGGGAGACAUUGAGAAGACCCCCUUCUCAGGAGGGCAGUUUUAGUCCAGUAAUCUUCACACACAAAUCGCUAGGAAACAGAGACCAUCCCGAGCCCCAGAGAAACUUGAUUCUAAGCACAAACUCUGUAACGUAUCAGAAAGUUCCUACAGAAGAGAGACCUUACAGGUGUGACAUCUGCGGGCACAGCUUCAAACAGCAUUCUUCUCUAACACAACACCAGAGAAUCCAUACUGGAGAAAAGCCCUACAAAUGUAACCAGUGUGGGAAGGCCUUUAGUUUGAGGUCCUAUCUUAUUAUUCAUCAGAGAAUCCAUAGCGGUGAGAAAGCCUAUGAAUGUAGUGAAUGCGGGAAGGCCUUCAACCAGAGCUCAGCCCUCAUUAGACAUCGGAAAAUCCACACCGGUGAGAAAGCUUGUAAAUGUAAUGAGUGUGGCAAAGCAUUCAGUCAGAGUUCCUACCUCAUUAUCCAUCAAAGAAUUCACACUGGUGAGAAACCCUACGAGUGUAAUGAAUGUGGGAAAACCUUUAGCCAAAGCUCAAAGCUUAUCAGACACCAGCGAAUUCAUACAGGAGAAAGACCUUAUGAAUGUAACGAGUGUGGAAAAGCUUUCAGGCAGAGCUCAGAGCUGAUAACCCAUCAGAGAAUACAUAGUGGAGAGAAACCCUAUGAGUGUAAUGAGUGUGGAAAAGCCUUCAGCCUGAGCUCAAACCUCAUCAGACAUCAAAGAAUUCACAGUGGAGAGGAACCUUAUCAGUGUAACGAAUGUGGCAAAACCUUCAAAAGGAGCUCAGCCCUUGUGCAGCAUCAGAGAAUCCAUUCCGGGGAAGAGGCUUACAUAUGUAGUGAGUGCGGCAAGGCCUUCAGGCACAGAUCAGUUCUCAUGCGCCAUCAGAGAGUCCACACUAGAAUUCAUACUGGGGAGAAACCCUAUCCUUGUAAUUGGUGCAUUAAAAGUUUCAGUCGGAGCUCAGACCUUAUUAAACAUCAAAGAGUCCACACUGGUGAGAAACCUUACAAAUGUGAUGAAUGUGGGAAAGCCUUCAGUCAGAGCUCUGAUCUUAUUAUACAUCAGAGAAUCCAUACAGGAGAAAAACCCUAUCAAUGCAGUCAUUGUAGUAAAAGUUUUAGCCAGCGCUCAGACCUGGUUAAACAUCAGAGAAUCCAUACUGGAGAGAAGCCUUAUACAUGUAGCCAGUGUAAUAAACAUUUUAGUCAGAGUUCUGAUGUUAUAAAACAUCAAAGAAUCCACACUGGUGAGAAACCAUAUAAGUGCGAUGUGUGUGGAAAAGCCUUCAGUCAGAGCUCAGAUCUUAUUCUACAUCAGAGAAUCCACACUGGAGAGAAACCAUAUCCAUGUAAUCAGUGUAACAAAAGUUUCAGUCAGAACUCAGACCUUAUUAAACAUCGAAGGAUCCACACUGGAGAGAAACCCUAUAAAUGUAAUGAAUGUGGGAAAGCUUUUAAUCAGAGCUCAGUUCUUAUUCUGCAUCAGAGAAUUCACACUGGAGAGAAACCCUAUCCAUGUAAUCAGUGUAGCAAAACCUUCAGUAGGCUUUCAGAUCUUAUUAAUCAUCAACGAAUUCACACUGGAGAGAAGCCUUACCCCUGUAACCAGUGCAGUAAAAUGUUUAGUCGAAGAUCGGACCUUAUUAAACAUUAUAGAAUUCAUACAGGUGAGAAACCCUAUGAGUGUGAUGAGUGUGGGAAAACCUUUAGUCAAAGCUCAAAUCUUAUUCUGCAUCAGAGAAUCCACACUGGCGAGAAACCCUAUCCGUGUAGUGAUUGUACUAAAAGUUUUAGUCGUCGUUCAGACCUUGUGAAACAUCAAAGAAUACACACUGGAGAGAAACCAUACACAUGUGAUCAGUGCAAUAAAAGUUUUAGUCAAAGCUCAGACCUCACUAAACAUCAGAGAGUACACUCUGGAGAAAAACCCUAUCAUUGUGAUUGUUGUGAGAAAGCUUUCAGUCAGAGUUCUGACCUUAUUCUUCAUCAGAGAAUUCACACUGGAGAAAAACCAUAUCCGUGCACACAGUGCAGCAAAAGUUUCAGUCAGAACUCAGACCUUAUCAAGCACCAGAGGAUCCACACUGGGGAAAAACCAUAUAAAUGUAAUGAGUGUGGGAAGGCGUUCAGUCAGUGUUCAGCUCUUGUCCUACAUCAGAGGAUCCAUACUGGGGAGAAACCAUACCCAUGUGAUCAGUGUGGCAAAGGCUUUAGUCGGAGCUCUGAUGUCAUUAACCAUCAAAGAAUCCACACGAAUGAAAAUCCACAUAAAUGUGAUGUGUGUAGAAAAGCCUUCAGCACAUGCACUGAUCUUAAUGAACACCAGAGAAUCCACACGAGAAAGAAACCCCACAGGUGCGUUCAGUGCAGUAGAAGUUUUAGCCGGCUCUCUGAUCUUAAUCAUCAUGAGAAAAUUCAUUCUGGGGAAAACACUUUGAAUGUGGGAAAACCUUUAGUGUAUACCCCAACUUUAUUCAGUACUAGAGAUGCUCUGCCAGAAAAAAAUCUUAGGAAUGCUAUUGAUUAUGAGAAAGGUUUUAAUCAAUGUUCAGCUCUCAUGCUACAUUAAACACACACACACACACUACAGAGAAAACAUAGUAAUUCAAUUUUUGUAAUGAAAAGUUGAACUCAGAGCUCAGACAUUACUAAAGAAAAAUUCUGAGAAUGAAUCCUGUGGGUAGAGGGAAGAAAAUCUUUAAUGUGAAAAAAAUUUUAUUGAAUGUCAGCAACAAUGGAAAAAAAUUUCUGUUUGCUGUAAUGUUAAGAAAAGCUCUAGUCUUUUAAUCAAACACAGUCCACAAGAGGAAAGUUUCUAUCAUUAUAAGAAAUGUCUAACAGUGUUAAUGCAGAAUGUUACCAGAUAUUGUAAAAAUCAGUGUGGUGGUGUGUGUAAUCACAGUGCAGAAAGAAAUGUAUUAGUGUUAUAAUCUCACACCUUAGUGAGCCCAGAUCACCAGUUGCAGAGAAGUUAUUUUAGAGAACGUAGGGAAAACUUAAACCAUUCCCUUAUCUUGUCAUUCACUCUGAUAACUGGCAUACUACUUAUCGCCUGACAGCUGGAGAGUUCUACUUUAUGCUAAUUCUAGCUAUUAAAUUCCCUGUGUGUGAACAUGCUAUGCUAUUCUGGUAUGAAACUUGUUAACUAUAAAACUCUAGUGCCCCAUUUUCUGAAAGUUUUUUUUUUCUUUUGCCAAGUUUUGUUCUUCCUAGUGAGCACAAGUUUUCAAGUUUCUGUGAUGUUCACAGCAAACAUGAAUUUGUUUUGCUCUUAAUAAUGCAGCCCAUCCAUAAACUUUAGAGGUCUGAAAUUAUUUCAACACUACCAUUUAAUUGCAGUUUCUGAAUAUAUGAAGUAAUUGUUUUAAAUUCCAUAUGUUAAAGUAUGAAUAUUACUACUAUGUGUAUCCUGUCAUCUAUAGAUUGAACAAAAUGUUAGCUAAAGUAAUAACCUUCAUGACUAAUUCAUAUAGCAUAUUCUGUUUACAAGUAAAAAGAUCUGUUGAUCUUUUUUUAAUGGCAACAUUCAUCAGACUUUGUUUUCUUUGUUGACUUCUUACAUACAUACUGAUAAUAGGCUAUGUAUACUUGAUAUUUUCAACUGAAAAACAGUUUUUUAAAAGUAAGAAAACCUGUCUUUCUGGUAUUAACCAUUUGUUAAAAUUCUGCUACUGUCAUUUACUUUGACUAUCCCCCAUAAUUAUCCAAUUAAUAUUUUAAUACACAUUGUUAAAUUAUUAUGUGCAAGACAUUUUUUUUUUUUUAGGUUUUGUAGUAUACACAAAGAAUACACUGUCCCCAGAAAUCAUGAAUUGUCUGGUCAUAAAGGCUGACAUAUGCAGAAAACAUGGCUCAAUAGAAUCAUUAAGGUAGACAAGAUGCUUAUAAGAGCUCAGAGGCGGUAGGGUUCAAUUGCGAUUGGAAAGAAAGGAAAAGCUUUGUGGAGUUCCCAAGAUUUGAGUUUUGAAGGAUGGGAGUAGAGGCAUAUGGGCAGGGAGGGAAUAGUCAAGAAAGGCACAGAAGUGAUAAAAUACAAGAAAUGAUACAGAGUAUGGUGGUUAGUCACUAAUUCAAUAAAUAUUCAGUGUCAGACACUGCAGUGAGUGCUGCUGAAGAAAGAAUUAUGCCCCUGUGCUUAAGUGUUUAGGAAAAUAAUGACUGAAACAUGUACUUAAAAGAGUAAGAAUAAAGUGGAAAUUAAAAGGAAGUAGGAGAAAAGACAGUUAAGUGUCAUGCUAAAUAAGCAGACACUUCAACUUUCUGCACUUUGGUGUCAUCUGUAAAACAAAAGUACUAGGUAUGGUUGGAAUAGAUUUCAUAUUCCUGCAUAUUGUUCUCAAGGUAGUGGAAAGCUAUUAAAAUCUAUGAAUCAGGGAAUGGCAUGAUCAUCAUCUUGCUUUCAGAAAAGUCUAAAAAGGAAGAAAGAACAGAAAGGAAAACCAUUUUGUAAGUCUAGAAAUAAAAUCACAAGGUCCGGAAGUAAAGGAGCUAAAUGGCAUAGACAUGAUGAUAGGUUGAGAAGUGAGUAGGGGUGAAGUGAGAAGUGAGUAGGAGGGGAAAAGCAUAACAAUUAUUGUCUAUUUUGGGGGAAUUUUAAAAGUUAAGAAAAAUGCAAUGAUAAAAUUUAUAUAUGAAGGUUAGCUAUUUUUCCUGAGGAUAAACACUAAGAGCCAACUGCUUCCUACACAUUACUAUCUAGUGUCCCACAGGUAAACAUAAAAUUCAUAAACUUGACGCACUGAUGAUACCCUCCUGAAUUUCUUACUAAACAUCUUGCCAUCCAGAUAAAAUAACUGGUAGCCAACCUACAUCCUUCAUUCUCCCCCAGUUUUCUAAAUCUACUUGCUCACUAGGUCAUUUCUGAGUUACAAAAAUAACACUACUUAUUGUAAAAAUUUAAGCAAUAGUGAAGUAUAUAAAGUAAAAAGGGAAGGGAAACAGAACGAGGCCUGAUAUUUUAUGUCAGUUGAUUCCCCUGGCAUUUGCUGAUUCUCAAGCUAGCAAGACAAAAGGCCAAGAAAUCUAACCAAAGGACCCUGGAAGAUUCAGAUAUCCACUAUCACAAUCUGAAUCACACACUUACCAAGUGAAUCAUCAAAAAUAGGAAAUCUGAAUAUAACCAUAGUUAGUAAGGAGAUUCCUGACAUAGAAAAGCCCAGAACCAGAUGGUUUCACUGUUGAAUUCUACCAAACAUUUAAAAAAGAAAAACCAAUCCAUCUCAGACUGCUUCAAAAAACAGGAGGGAAUGUUUUCAAGGUCAUUUUAUGAGGCCAGAAUCAACCUGAUAUCAAAGCCAGACAAAGAUACUACAAGAAAACUACAGAUCAAUAUCUCCUUUAAAUAUUGAUGCAAAAACCCUCAACAGAAUAUUGCCAAACAGAAUUCAAUAGCACAUUAACAGGAUUAUAUAAUACCAAGUGGAAUUUAUUUCUGAAAUGCAAGGAUGGUUCAACAUAUGAAAAUCAAUCAAUGUA